AAAAAAGUAAUUCGUGUAUAAGGCUUAUUAUUCGUGCAAACACUAAAGUAUCACCCAUAAUAACUUUGGAAAUAAAUAAUAUAAAUUUUAGAACUAUAUCCGAAUUUCUGUGGACCAAAUAUGGCAGGAUAGGAUGUGCCGUCCUCAUGGCAACUCCUGGAUUUGACAUCAAUCCAAUAACACAAAAAGGAGAGAGAGAGAGAAGAGAGAGAGGAGAGAGAGAGAGAGAGAGAAUUGGAAUGCGCGCGAGUAUGCCGGGAUGGGGCCGGCCUGAUGCCUCUUGCAACCUAGCGGCUGUGAGUCGGCGGCCGCUCUCCGCCGACCUCAGUGCGUGGCGGAACUGUGCGCCGCUGUGGACGCUUGUCACGGGUGCUGGCGUACGUCGGCCAGGGAGGGAGGAGCCACCCUUGACUCCGCCCGGAACGCCCGUUGCCGGAUGAGCGAGCAAGUGGGCGGGGACUGGCUAACCGAACCCCUCCUCCCGUCUGGCUGGACCAAUAGCCCGUCCGGUUUCUUCCGUAGUGACUGCACGGGUAGGAGGGCGUUAGCCUAGCCCAAACAUCCAUGUAUUUACUCAGGGUUAGGGCCAACCGUGCGCUUAUUACUGUCUGUGAGUGCUACAAGUACUUUUGCUGAUCACAGAAUUAAACAAGACCAAGUUAAACUGAGAAACGUACACAUAUGAUUAGGAUAAGUGUUUGGUCAUUCAAUUUGCCGUAGAGUCUCGCCGUGAACUGUGCGUGUGAGUGUUGGCCAGGCGACCUUAGUUGACCUGUUGAGCUGCGUGUGGCUAGCGUGACCCUCCGUGGGCCCACACCACCGGAGUUUGCUUGUGUCCUCUUGCUUGCAUCCACAAGAUCUGCCGCGGGGGAAUAUGUACAGUGCGUGAUCCGUGAGACCAGUGUCGCGUGUGGUGUAUAGUGACCCGGGCCACCAUGUUGUCCCAGAAGUUAUACAGCGACACCAUGACGCCCAUGAGCUCGGGGGCGCCGCCCGUCUCGCCCAUGUCGCAGAGCACCUACGGCAUGAACUCUAUGAACAGCAUGAUGGGUAUGAACUCCUACCAGCAGCGCCUGCCCCCAAACAUGGACUUCUCUUCUUCCAUGAGCGGAAUCGGCGCCAUGGGUAUGGGCGGACAGUGUAUGAGUCCAGGCAUGACGGGUAUGGGCGCUUUCCCGCCCAUGAACAGCUCCAUGCAGCAGAUGAACGGUAUGAGUGGCUGUAUGAGUGGCAUGGGCGGGAUGGGCGGCAUGAACCAGAUGGUGGGCUACGGGCGUGAGUUGCAGGAGCCCGACAGUCCUGUGUCGUCGGCGCUACAGCGGGCGCGUCAGGACAAGACGUACCGACGCUCCUACACCCACGCCAAGCCCCCUUACUCCUACAUCUCCCUUAUCACCAUGUCCAUCCAGAACGCCCCCAACAAGAUGGUGACGUUGUCCGAGAUCUACCAGUUCAUCAUGGACCUUUUUCCCUACUACCGUCAGAAUCAACAGCGAUGGCAGAACUCCAUUCGUCACUCUCUCUCCUUCAACGACUGCUUCAUUAAGAUCCCCCGCACGCCAGAUAAACCAGGCAAGGGGUCCUUCUGGUCGCUCCACCCAGACUCCGGCAACAUGUUUGAGAACGGCUGCUACCUCCGCCGUCAGAAGCGCUUCAAGUGCGAGAAGAAGGAGACAAUACGGACUUCGAGCAAGCCCUCGCACGCGCCCAGCCAAGUCCAGCACCAGAGUCCAGGCUCUGCCACGAAGCAGGAGCACGCAGAGGAUGCAGAGUCCAAGAUGGAUUCUUCCAUGGCAUCCCCUGCCCACCCGGGCCACGGCGGUCACACUGGCCACCACGGCCACCCCGUUAGCGGUGGCCAAGCAGGUCAACAGCAGCCCAACGACCCCGUGUCUGGCAUGACCCAGCUUCUGGAGGCUGCCACCAAACUCGAGCCUCCAGAGUCUGGGUACCAGAUGCCGCCCCCUUCCGUCAGCGUUGCUGACAAGUACAGCGCUGAGCAACAGCAGCAGCAACAGCAGCAACAACAACAACAACAACAGCAGCAGCAGCAGCAGGGUCCCCAGGAUCAGCAGCACCACCAGGCCGCCCACCUAGGGACACCCACCGCCCACGACUUACACGCAGCGCCGCCCCUACAUCCGUCCCUCCUCAAGGACUACACAGCCUCCGCCUACCUAAAAGACUACUCCAACGGCCACCUCAAGGACUACGGCGCCUACCUUAAGGAUUAUGGAGGUCACCUUAAGGACUAUGACCACCUGAAGAACUACCCGGCUCCCGCUCAUCCCUUCAGCAUCACCUCCAUUAUCGCCGCCGAGAACAAGGACUCAUAUGGCGGAUACCUGAGUCCGCUGCCGCCCGCCUCCACCGCCGCGCCCUCACACCAUGCCAUGGGAGGUGACCAUGGCGGUUAUUACCCACCACCCCUCUACCACCAUACCACCACGCCCCUCUGAUGUGGGCGUGGGCGGCCAUACCCUCAGCACCUCGCCCACCAAACCCUUGUAAAUAAUGUGUGAA